CUCUCUCUCUUGUGUUUUUGUGAGCUAAUUAUUUAUCAUGGAAGUGGAUGAAGAAAAUGUUCCAUCAAAUACUGCUUCUGAAUCCGCCAUAGGACCUUCCUCUGAUGUUUCCGUCAAUGCUGCAACUCCACCACACCCAAUUCAACCCAUUAUUCCACCACCCGUUAUUCCCCUUUCUGCGCCUGUGCCACCUAUGGCUCCAAUUCCCACCAUUCCUCCCCCUUCUAUUGUGCCUCCCAUAGCCCCAAUUCCGGCCCCUCCUGUGGUGCGUCCAUUGGCGCCCCUCCCUCCUCGCCCGCCGCCUAUUAGACCACCUGUGGCGCAAAAUGGCGAGGUUGGUUCGGAAGAUUCUGAUUCGGACAACGAUGAUGCCGGUGGGAGGGUUAACCAGGGUGCCGGGGAGUAUGAGAUAUCGGAGGAGAGUAGGCUGGUGAGGGAGAGGCAGGAGAAAGCAAUGCAGGAGCUCAUGAUGAAGAGGCGUGCUGCCGCUUUGGCUGUUCCGACCAAUGACAUGGCUGUGCGUGCUCGCCUUCGCCGGCUUGGUGAGCCCAUAACUUUGUUUGGUGAGAGGGAGAUGGAGAGGAGGGACAGGUUGAGGAUGAUUAUGGCGAAGCUGGAUGCCGAUGGCCAGCUGGAGAAGCUGAUGAAGGCUCAUGAGGAUGAAGAGACUGUGGCUACUGCCGGGAAGGAUGGGGACGAGGAAGAGAUACAGUAUCCCUUUUACACCGAAGGGCCAAAGUCUCUCCGUGAUGCUAGGAUUGAUAUUGCUAAGUAUUCUUUGGUUAGGGCAGCAUUGCGUCUUCAACGUGCCCGGAGAAGAAAAGAUGAUCCGGAUGAAGAUGUGGAUGCGGAGAUGGAUUGGGCAUUAAAGCAGGCUGCUAAUUUGAGUCUUGAAUUCAGUGAAAUCGGAGAUGAUCGACCGCUUUCUGGUUGCUCCUUCUCACGAGACGGAAAGUCGCUUGCUACUUGUUCUCUAACCGGAGCUGCCAAGUUGUGGAGCAUGCCUAAAGUCAUCAAAUCUUGUACCUUAAAGGGACACACAGAGCGUGCAACUGAUGUUGCUUAUUCUCCUGUGCACAACCAUUUAGCAACUGCAUCUGCUGAUCGGACCGCAAAAUAUUGGAAUGACCAGGGAUCUUUAUUGAAGACAUUCGAGGGUCAUAUUGACCGUCUUGCACGAAUUGCUUUCCAUCCAUCAGGAAAGUACCUAGGCACUGCUAGCUUUGACAAGACAUGGAGAUUAUGGGACGUAGAAACAGGUGAGGAGUUGCUUCUUCAAGAAGGCCACAGUAGGAGUGUAUAUGGUUUAGCUUUUCAUCAAGAUGGAUCGUUAGCUGCAUCUUGUGGACUGGAUGCUUUGGCUCGUGUUUGGGAUCUCCGAACUGGGCGAAGCAUUCUUGCACUUGAAGGUCAUGUCAAGCCGGUUCUUGGCAUUUGCUUUUCACCUAAUGGAUAUCAUUUAGCCACAGGCGGUGAAGACAACACUUGUCGCAUUUGGGAUUUGAGAAAGAAGAAAUCCAUGUACACCAUCCCUGCUCACUCCAACUUGAUAUCACAAGUUAAGUUUGAGCCGCAGGAAGGUUACUUUUUGGUAACUGCCUCAUAUGACAUGACAGCUAAGGUGUGGUCAGCCCGUGAUUUCAAGCCUGUGAAGACACUAUCUGGGCAUGAAGCAAAAGUUACUUCUGUGGAUGUUCUUGGUGAUGGCAGUUAUAUUGCUACUGUCUCACAUGAUCGUACCAUAAAAUUGUGGUCCACCAAUAUGAGUAGUGAACAAACUAUGGAUGUUGAUUAGGCUAUUUGAUGGGAUACACUUUCUGUAUUGGUGAUGAGAAUCACAACUAUAGCUGCCGUUAUAAACAAAAGUGUAACUUGCUUCUAUAGGAUGGUUUUUUGGUGAGAUAUAUAAAUUGAAGAUAUCAUUUUUCUUGUUGUAUCAUGUAACAAAGUUCCCUGCCUAAUGGACAAAUUGAAUGACUAGACUUAUAUCAUAAUCGUUCUUGAUUUCCUUGUU